AUGAGCACGCACACACAGGAAGGGAACUUUAAAUGGCUAUCCAGGUGGCACCUCACCCCGUCAAAAAUAAACACAAUCUUCCCAAACGCCUCUGCGCAGUGUUGGAGAUGUCCCCACCCUCGGGGAACCCCAAGCCACAUAUGGUGGUCUUGUCCAGUCAUGUGUACCUACUGGUCCAAAAUCAUUAAGAUGAUUCAUACCAUCACCAACAUUCAACUGCCUCAAUCUCCAGAAACUGCACUCUUCCUCCACCUCCCACCAUCGGUCCCCAAGAAUAUGAGAUCCUUAACCACACACCUACUCACAGCUGCAAACGCUCUCAUCCCUAGCCACUGGAAAAAACCAGAGGCACCUACUAUCCGAGCAUGGAUCAAUAAAGUUGACACCAUACGCCUCUUAGAGGAAAUACACUACUCCAGGUCACACUCCUAUAGUACAUAUGAACGUACCUGGGGCCCCCGGCUACACUUCUUAAAAGCUGACUAG